AUGGCAGACGCGGAGCUGGAAGAGAUUCGAAAAGUCCGGCUGGCGCAACUCCAGGCGCAGGCAGGAAGUAGUAGUGGAUCAGGUGAAGGUGCGAGCCGGGAGCAGAAACAAGUCAUUGUGUAUGGGACAGCAGGCAGCAAGAAGGUAGUAAAAUAUCCUCAAUAUCCUGCUCCCGGUUUCCUCACCCCACCGUUUGAUUGCGAUGAUUUAGUCCAGCAAGCAACAUCCAAUACUGACGCCCGCCAAGCCAUCCUGUCCCAAAUCCUCCUUCCAGAAGCCGCUGACCGCCUUGGCCGGAUCCGACUGGUGAAAGAGGAACGCGCUACAGAUAUAGAGAACAGGCUUAUAAUGCUGGCACGGACGGGCCAGUUGCGGUCCAAGGUUACGGAAGAGCAACUCAAGGAGUUGCUGAAUGCCGUUGCGGAGAAUAAAGAACAAGAGAAGAUCGUGAUUAGCAGGAGGAAAGGGGGGUGGGACGAUGAUGAUGAUUUGUUGGAUUUGUGA